UAAUUUCCUUUUCUGCAUUUAAUUGCUCAUGUAUGCGGUUCUCUCCAAAAACCACAGGAAGUUCAUAGAUUUGGGUACCCAUUUCAGUGUGGAACGAAAUUCAUGAAUCCGGAGCCACAGUUGCUGGGGCCAAUGCCUAAAACUCGAAACUUUGUUUGAUUUCCCUGAGAUUCCAUUGUUUCCGAUCAGUUUUGGUUUACGUUUGUACCGAUCCAGAUUGGUUCUUCCCAAGAACAGUAUCUGUGUUCCGAAAGUUCCAAUUUUCAGGCUGCAAGUUCUCUAUUGAGUGGGAGAGAAGAAAUAAAAUAGAGCGUAGAGAAUUUUAAAUUUGAAGUGUAAAAGUUGGAUUAAACUUGUUUGAUCAAUGAUGGUGCUGCUGGUUUUCUAGCCCAAAAUGGUUGCCAAAGGUGUUGAUGACGGCAUUUUGAUCAAUGCGAGUUGGUAUUGCUAGUGUUUUCUCUCGGAUAUGAGUCGGUCUCCUUCUUUCAAAGUUAAAACAGAACAAAGUCCUAAUCUUGAUCCAGAAUCUUUACAGAGAUGGAUUGUUGCAUUUUGUGCUAUAAGAUUUGACCUUGAACAAGGCCAACUCGUAGAAGUGUGUUAUCCGCCAGGAUGUCUUACACAGGAGGAGGAGCUUGAAGUUGCUUAUAAUUCAUUUCCCGAUUCUGUUUCGCAGCAGCAUAACCGAUCAAGCGUCCAUGACUGUAUAUUCUUUUUCCGAUUUCCCAGGCGCCUUAAAUCUCAAACCAGCAAUGCUACUCAUUCAGAGAUAACAGAAGCUGGCAAGGAGUUUCCUUCGAAUUCCAUAGAAAAAAAGAAUGUUAGUAGAAGAUUAUCGAGUACAAGCGAUGAUAAUGUUUCGAAAUACAUGUAUGGCUUUGUUUUUAACAGACAGAGACAUGAUGAGAGGCUAAAACGAGGAGGGGAGCAAAAGUCUGUGGUCAUUCUGUCUCACAGUCCUUAUUCUAGUGUGUUCAGGCCUUUGCUACAGAUUAUAGGUCCCUUAUAUUUUGACAUGGGUAAAAAAGCACUCGAGCAUAUUGCUGCUUAUGUGUCGACAUGGCCUGCUCCUGUUCCUGGUAAACUAAUGGAUCUUCCAAUUGGAAAUGCAACACUUAAAGUGAACUUGCCACCUGCGCAUAGCUUGCCCGUGGAAGGUGGAGCAUCUGUUGACGAUUCAGCUUAUUCUAUGGCACCUCUUCUUCCUAAUAAUCAAUCUAUCCCCCAGGGACUCUUCCAUGAUUCGGAUCUUUUUGGUACCUUUCGUAGCCUGCUAUUGCAGCUUUGGAUAUUAUGGGAGUUGUUGCUAAUUGGUGAACCCAUUCUCAUCAUUGCACCCACACCUUCCCAGUGUUGUGAGGCUGUUGCCAGUCUUGUGAGUUUGGUUUCGCCAUUACUUUGCAGUGUUGAUUUCCGACCCUAUUUCACUAUCCAUGACCCUUUGUUUGCCCGUUUGAACUCAAUUCGAGAAGGGGAGGCUUUCCCUCCAAUGGUUUUAGGGGUGACAAACCUUUUCUUCCUCAAAGCUCUCCGUAACAUUCCACAUGUUGUCUCAGUUGGUACCCCUCCUACUAAUUCGAACAGAGUUUCCCUCUCAGCUAAGUCUACUGGAAGAAUUCCUGGUAGAUCCGAGGGCCUUGGGCUUCAACAAUUUUCUCUAAAGAAGUUUUCUCCUUCAAGUUUAUUGGGUGCAGUAAAGCUUCGUAGGGAUGGUCCGCUCUGUCUCAUGACAGAACAUAAGGAAGCCAUUUGGAGUACCUACUCUGCCGCAACUAAGCCAGACACCUCUAUCUUAAAUAGGCUAAUAGAUGCUGGAGUGUCGGCAAGAGUUGAGGAGUCAAUGUCAGUUGUUAACAAUGAGAUAUUACGGCGGCAUUUCUUGGAGCUCACUACCAAUUUUUUGGCCCCUUUUGGUCCAUAUUUUAGGACUACUGCUCCAUCUGAAGGAUCUUCUCCAUAUGUAGAUCCUCCUCCUCUGCCUCCAUUUAAUGCUGAUGAAUUUGUUGCAAAUUUAUCAGCCAGAGGUCCGGGGAAGUUCUUACUAAAGCGAAUGAGAUCUAACUGGCUUGACUUCUACACGCGAUUCCUGAAUGGACCAAACUUUAUGCCUUGGUUUAAAAGGAGGCGUGCUGUAGCUGAACAAGAACAAAAUAGGCUGUGGAGGCAUGCAAGAAUGAAAGCUGACAUACAACAGCUUAUAUCUAAAAUGUCUGAGUUGGAAAUUGUGGAUUUCUUCGGUGUAAUAGAGAGAUUUCUACUUAGAGAAGUACAGCUGCAGCAAUCUGGAAAUGGAGGUCUCGAUUCCAGGGCAACUUGUCAGAAACUAAUGGGAGACCUUCAGGCAGUUUUCAAUGCACUUUCAAAGGACAUGCAACAAAUCAUGCUUUCGAAUCCACAAAGGGCAUCCCUAUUGCAUGGUAGUCCAGAAUUGAAGAAACUUCCAGGGCAUCCACUCGUACAGGUCGUCACUUCUACAUCACCCAAACAAUAAGAAUAGCAUGAAACAUGCGAUCUUCGAUAUUAUGAAGGAGAGAUUUCCGGUAAAUUCACAGCCUACGUCUCUCUGAUUGAGAGUUUCGCUGUCUUUCGACAAGUCAUGGGGUAUCACACAUUUUCGCGACUAUCCCAUUUUCCUUUGUAGAUCAUGAAUUCAUGUUAGUAGAACAUAUACGCUAAUUUUUCCAUCUCUGGAAGAGAACUGUGCAAUAACCACAGUUUGAUUGAUCCCUCCACAUCAAGCAGCGGGCGCGGGACAAUAUGUCGUCCCCUUGAGAAACAUACGUGGAAAUUCGAUUCUGUUAUAAACCUGUGAGGUUUUGUUGAUUGUCUCUAUUGGCAAAAACUGUCGCUUCACAUCGUUUCUAUUAUGAUGGAUCAAGAUGUAAAUUAUUCACCUUGUGUAAGCUUUUGCUAAAAUUUUCUGCAAUUCAAAAAUUCUGAGUUUUAUGCAAUGAAUUGUCUCUCAA